AUGCCAUCAACAUCCCGUGCAGUCGUUGCCUCAGCUAGUGCAAACCAAAAUGAUUUUCAAAAGCAGAAAGAAAUGACACGUUUGAAGAGGAGUGCAGUCGUUGCCUCAGCUGGUGCAAACCAAAAUGAUUUUCAAAAGCAGAAAGAAAUGACGUUCCAAGAGGAAUUACGAUACGUGGCAAUGAAAUUACACGUAAAAGACCCAUCGAGAAAAGGAGGCAAUAACGAAAGAAUGUCCCAAGUUUUGAAAAGAGAGAAGCCCUCAUUACAUGGGUAUGUUAAGUUUCUAGUUGAUAGCAAAGUUGUUUACGAUGCACUUGAGAAAAUCCUCGCCAAUGCAGACUAUCUUUGUUACGCAGAGUUGAAAAAUACAGGGUUAGAAAGGUCCGGAGCAUUAGCUAAAGAUCUGGAGUGGUUUAGAGAAGAAAUGGGAAUUCAAGUUCCAUCACCAACUACCUCUGGGAUUGCGUAUGCGUCCUACCUAGAAGAAAUAGCAGUGAAGAAUCCUAAAGCAAUCUUUUGCCAUUUCUACGAUAUUUAUUUCGGGCUUGCAGCCGGUGGUCGAACGCUUGGUAAAAGGGCAUAUGAGAAGUUACUUGAGAACAAGGAAUUGGAAUUCUACCAAUGGAAUGAUGGGGAGCUUACAAAACUACUACAGAAUGCCACAGAGAAGCUAAACAAAAUUGCUCAAAGCUGGACUAGAGAAGAGAAAGAUCAAUGUUUGGAAGAAACUGAAAUAUCAUUCAAGUACUCCGAAGACAUCAUGAAACUUAUAAUAUCUUGA